AGUAAGUUUCGCGCCGGCCAUCUUGUUUUGAUAGAACUUCAAGCAAUUUUUCUCCCUGAAUGUAGCAAAUUUUUGUGGCGGGAUCACCAUGUCUUCGACGCAAACAGUAACACACGGAAAAUUGCAGCCAUCUAGGACUCAUGACUAUCUUUACGGUGAGAAAUUCUCAGACUUUUUUAGGAAAUCAGUUACCCUUGCUAAGCUAUAUAUAAACGACAGAAAGUUGUUUAAAGUUUACGUUUCCUGUAAAAGUAUCGAUUAUUCCAUGGAUAACACUUUCUACAAAUACCCAAACCAAUUUGCUGCAUUUUACGGUAAUAUUAAUGUUUAUUCUUAAUUAGAAGUGGAAAGUUAUAAAAAGUAAACGCCUUGAACCAAGUGUUUGGAAUCAAAAGUUAAAGAAUCCAAAUUUCUACAAAAUAGAACAGAAUGGCUAUGGUGUCCUUUUUUAUGUCCUUUUUUUCUAUCAUUUUAGCAAAUUCCUACCGACCUUGAGGUUACUUGAAGUUAGAAUCAUUUAUAUUAAUUGGUGGUUCACUCAAUCCAAUGACAAAGAAAACUCCUGUUUCUUUUAGAUCCUCUGUUUUCAUUGUCAAGUGACAGGGAUCAUGCCAGAUCCACAUUCAAGGCCCAUACUGGAACUGACAGAAUUGUAAGUACAUGUACUUAUUAAAAAGUGCGGAGGACUGUACAUGUGAACCACUCGUAAGUUUAUUGAAGUUGUUGCUGUCCACUGUUAUUUUAACAGGCGGCGACUCCUGACUCCUAAAGCCAUGGCUUUUAAACCUCCACUCCUACAAUGUAAUAGCAGCAUGAAAAAAUGACCAAAACAAUCAACUUUCUUGUUUGAAAAAUCACAAGAAAUAAAUACAACAAUCCAAAAGUUCUGCCAAAUAAUUUGGAAUAUAAACUCUUUUGCACAACCUGGUUAUCUUGCAUGCAGGUAGCUCACAAUAUUUUUCUUUCUUGGAAGAAAAACUUUAUGUGUGUGGUUUUUUUUUACAGUGUACACACCUCUAUGUUAUGAUGUUUUUCUUUUUUGGGUGUUAUUUCCACAGAAACGGGUACCACACUUCAAGACAAUGUUUAGCGAUUUGCGCCACUAUCCAAGAUACAGUAUUCACUUGGAAGUAACAGACCCAGUUCCCAAAUUUAUUCCUCGACAGUGGAGGGGAUAUGCAGAACAAAACAGAGAAGCUCUCAUCAGAUACACUACGUAAUUUUGACUUAUUCUUUUAGAACUACAGAAAAUUAUACAUACAUGUAUGACUGUAUAAUAUUACUGUAAUGAUUAUUGUUAAAUAGAGGAUAAAUCCAAAAUGUAGGGAUUUUUUAGGGUUGUGAGAUUUUUAUUGAAUGCUUAUACUGUAAUUUUCAUUUACCCUGCACCUUUUUUCCCUGUGUAGAUUUAAUUAUGAUCCAACAGUUCAAGUUCCUCCCAAGGAUUAUCCUCAUGUUCCUGUUUCUGGCCAAGACAGAUACAAGUAUUUUCGCAGACCAAUCAUCCCAUUCUUGCAGCAAGUUCCUCCAGAUGUCCUUCUUCAGUCAUCCAGGUAAGAUACAUACUACUUUGUUCAACACUUUUGUUCGAAGGCAGUAGAAGUCAAGGUUAUUGCAUGCUGUCUAUUGAAAUGCAGAACAUUUUGAUACUUAACCCAGGAAAGUUAAGUCAGUGAUACUGAUCCAUGCAUUAAUUGUGUCGCUGGAGAUGAAUUAUUCAUCUCCAACAACACAAGAAUUCUGUGAACAAAUGCUGCUUAUACUACAUGUACUAUGCAAAGCAAGGCAAUACCACUGCAUAACACAGACUGAUAUUAAAUUCACAUCUUAGUGUAUUAUUUUAGCCAGUCAAUCACUUGUUAGCCUGGCUACAACACUAGUUUUCUUCUUGCUUUGGAAGAAUGUACUACAUAUCAGCCCAAUAUAAGAGUCUGAACAUGCUUGCAAAAAUGAAUUGUCUGCCUCUGUUUUAAUGUCACAGUUAAACCAAAAUGUAUCUUCACAUCAGUUUUGCCCUGAAAGAGAGAAUCCUAUAAAGUUUUUGGUGUAUUUCUAAUUAAAGUAGAAUUCGCCUUUGCAGAAGUAUAGUUUCAAAGUACUUAAUUCCUUCUUCAUCCUGCAACCAGGAUAAAAUGGCACUUGUGAAGUUCUUUUUAAGUAUACUUAAACUCUACUUCACCUGGAAAGAAAAUAAGCAGUUAUACUUCAAGUAUACUUCAAAAAAUUGCCACUACAACUAUACGGUGUUCUACAGUAACUGAGGUAAACCUAAAGUAUACUCUUGGUAAAUGUAGUAUACUUCUAGUAUACGUAAAGUCGUCUUUUAGGUGCUACAGUAUAGCCGGUUAUGACAUUCACAUUUGCCUGGUGCAAAAAGCAUAGCUCCCACGGGAUUUUUUUCCUCAGAGAGCUCCACUAUAAGUUAGCUUAAAUUGACUCGGAGCAGAAGUCUGUUUUUUGUGUGUGUGUUCUGUCUUUCUUACUUAGAAGACCAUGUUUCUCUAUUUAGAUACUGAUGAUCAAUACAUUAAUUUUAUUUAAAUAAUAACUUACAGAUUUACUGCACCAUCUUUUAGGUUAGACCCACUUGCUGGUCCUGAAUUGGAAGCAGAGAGGCCUCCAACCCCAGCUACACGUACAGUAGAGGUGCAAACAGACUACAGGGAUAGUGAAACACAAACAGACCCUUACACACCAGAGUAUGUGGUACGACCAGGCUCACAACCUGAACUGCUCACACUGGCAACCCUUUCCUAUGGUAAUAAUAUAUACUACAUCGUGUGAUCAUUGUACACAGUACAUAUUUAUAUAUGUACUGUAAAGUGUCUUACUACAGAAUGAAUGUUCUUUAGGUUGUAAUUAGAUAGCUCACUUAUUUUGUGACUGACAUGUGUAAGCACAGUGUAAAUUCAUGGUCUCAACAAUUUUAAUGUGAUCCUCUCAGAAAUUAAUCAAGACUAAAAUCAGGGUCUCAGAUUACAGUGGUUCACUCAAAAAAAAAAUAAAAAUUUGGAGUAUGAAGACUUGCAGAUCCUGUUUUCCUCAUUUUUGUGGUCUAGCAUAUCAGUCAGGUGAUCCUUCAUCACAUGUCCUUAAUUUUUGGAAAGCAGUGUAUACAUUCAAGUGGUAGGUCCAGAACGGCCAUUCAAGAGAUGAGCGCCUGACUGAUAAUCUACUGGUAGAUCAGAUGAUUGAGACUUUGAGACAGUGUGAAAAUCUUUUGGCAUAAAACUCUUUGCUCUGUGUCAGAAGCUUUGUCCUAAUUUUAUAUUACUUUUUCAGAGCAGGAAAUUAAUCUUUUCAGUAGAUUACAUUCAUAACAUUUGGCUGUAGAACAUCUAACAAUAAUAUUCAUACAGUAUGAUCUCCUAACUUUGUAUCGUUUGGCCUGGUGGGCUCCUAGAAAGAUUUCUUAGACAACAGCCUUUGCAAUAUGCAUUUUAUGCUUUGCAAAUGCAAGCUAUGUAUUCUUGGGUGAAAAACAAUGUGACGUGUACAUGUAGAAUCUUUCCUGUAGGUCAUGGUUUGCCAGCGGGUUUAGCAGAAGUUGAGAUGAUUGAGAGAGCUAGGGCUAAACGAGCUUGGUAAGUUGUUUGAAAGACUUUCCCCUUUUCAGUAGUCUGAAAAUACCUUAAAAUUGUCAGCAGAGGCGUAACUAACAGGGGGGGACAAGGGGGGCAGCUGCCCCCCCCCAGACCUGUUGAACCAGGCAAAUCAAGUCUGUGGAUGGAUUUGUUUUCUUUAGACUCAGUCAUUUUGAUUGUAGUGACUUGCAAUUGUUUGCCAUUUUCAUGGCCGAGAAAUUGGUUGGUCCAUGGUGUGUGCAAAUAGUAUAUAAGCAAAAGGUUAGUGAGCCAAACAUCAUGCAGUAAAUAUUGUGAAAUGUUUAGUGUACUAGUGCUUGGAUAUAUGGUGUACUUCAAAGUAACAGGACCUCGGAAAUAAGCACUUGCAAGCACUGAAAACACCUGCUUUCCACACUUAUUCGAGGUGGAUUUUUCGGACACAUAUCUCAUGACAAGUGCUGAAAACAGCAUUUCGUAGCCUUCAAAUUUGAAAAUUUUCUGGGGGAGGAUACCAGCAGACAUCCCUACAAGGCUCAUGCCUUUGGCACAUGCGAUAAUGCCCCCCCAUUACAAGAAAACUUGCUACCGCCCUGGUCAGGUUUGCUUGAGACAAUCAAACUUUAUAAAAUUAUACCAGAAAACAGCAAGAUCAGCAGUGUUACAUGUAGAAAUCCUCUUUGAUGUGGUGAUCUAUGGCUGUCACUAUCAUUUAAAGAGGGUAGGGAAAUAGAAUAGAAUAGGCUUAGAUUUGACAUAUCUAUGUGUUGUUAACAUGUUUCUAUCUACUAACUGAAAGCAGCCUAGUAGGUACACUGUGUACAGGUUAUUAUAGUCAGGGGAAAUCCCUGUCCAUCAGUCCCUUUGUCACAAAAGCCAUGUAAACAGUAAUGUAGUGCAGCACAUGCUUUCCCGACAUUGCAACAUGCCCAUAAUUAUGCUGUUUGAAACAGCAUCCACUUACCUUGUGAUUGGCUGAUAGGCAGGCAACAGAUACGUAUCCCUGAAAAUUUGAAGGUAGUAAAUUUACAACAUCUUUGCUUGAUACUUGUUCUCUUUUAGGGAGGCAACUCUUCCAGCUCUAAAUGAUACAGAAAAUCUUGAGAAAAGAAAGAAGAUGAUGGAUGAACAAGAGAGAAGAGAAUGGGCUUUCAGAGAACAAGAGAUUGAAAAGUGAGGAUCUUGCAAAAUUGUCAUUAUCCGCAACUGUCAAAAAUGAUUAUGAUAUAAUAUUAUCGGAUUUUUAAACAGAUAUACCCAUUAGCCUAUGUGAUGGGCUAGCUAUGGUACAAUAAUCUUAACGUCUACAUAAAUCAGUUUUUUAUAAAUUGACAAAAUUUAGUCAAGUAUAUUAUGAAAUCACACAAAGUGCCCAUUCAAGUAUUGUUGUACUGUAAACAUCUCAAAGUCAAAGUCGCUACAGAGUCACAUUCUUUGUUUUGCUAGUGUUGAAAAGAUCUGCCUUAAAUAUUGCCUUCAACUAUUUCAUACAUGUAUCUUCCUGCAAUUAGUUACAGGGUUUGUUUCUACUUACAAGUAUCUUAUUGUUCGUUUAACAGAAGUAUGCGUUUCCCCCCUCAAACUAAUUGUUCUCUUUCUUUUUCUAAGAUUACAGGAAGCAAGACUUGAAGUGUUGAAGAGAAUUCUUGAACAGAGAGAAGAGGACCAUGCAGAACUGAAUACCAAGAGACUUGACAGAUUAUGGUCAGUUUAUGAACCACAACUUAUAGUUUGCUGAAGUCUUGGAUGUAACCAUGAUUUCCUUGAUAUUCUGUAAGGCGUAGGAAAAACGUCGAUAUUAACUUUUUAUGAAACUCUAAUCACUGUCUACUAGUAAUUUGGGUCGACCCAGAUCGUCUGUUGAGUCCGCCAGACGUACGUCGAACUUAGGAAGCGUAGCUACGCGUCGAACCAAUCAAGUAAAACAGAUCCAUAAUAUUCUCCUAUAACUGCUUUUCUUUGCUCAGUGUCAUCCCCUUUUAAUGCGACACAAGAUGUUGGUAGAAUGAGCUAGGACAAUAGCAAACUUAAUACUGUUAAUUAAACAAUUGAUUACCGAAUAAAAACAUUUACCUUAAUAUGAUUGUUAACUAGUGAUUAAUGAUCGGGGAGAGUGGGAUCGCUAAUCAUAGCACUUAAGCAAAAUUUGUGCGCGGUGCAUGGCUUUUAAGUCAUUUUUUGCCUGUUUUAUCUUUUUUCAGGUCGAACAAACAACAAGAAAAAGAGAAAAAAUUUCAAAGAAUUCAAACAGAACACAUUAAAACGAUCUUGUCUGUGAUAACUAUUUGACUAUGACCUUGAAUUACAGUCUUAAGGACAAAUUCUUUAUCCCGCAAAACGAUCUUAUCUAUGAUAACUAUUUAAUAAUAAUAAUAAUAAUAAUAAUAAUAACGAUGAAGAUCUUGAUCAGGUUUCCAUAAACCGAUUUUGAAAUAGCAUGCACUUCGUUAUUCGUUCGUCAUUACAUUAUGGACAAAAGUUAUUUAAUUUGCGUUGAAAAUUUCAUUACAUUUUGCGUCAAUGUUAUUACAUUUUACGUUAAUAUUACAUUUUACGGCGAUUCUUAUUACAUUUUGCGCUAAUAUUACAUUUUGCGGCGUAGCAGGGCUGUUUAUAACUAAACAUGUAUAAGUAAUAAACAGCGUGGUCUCAUAGAAAUAAUUAUUGGGUAGUGUGCAGCUGUGGCUACGGUUUAUGUAGUAACCCAGGAAACAGCACCGUUUCAUAUAUUUAACACUUACAGUGAAAAUAACGAUGUUAGAAGUACAAUAUAUACAUGUAGUUAGAUUACAGAUCGGACCUUUUGUUGCUCGCCGAUCUCAAAGCAGACAUUUUACACAUAACAAAAAACAACAGUCUUAGAAAUAUGAUUAGGAGCCAAUAUUUAAAAUAUAUCGGUCAUGUUUGCUGUUGUCCAAACACUACGCUGACAAAGAAGAUGCUGUUUGCGAAUUCCAGGCGUCCAUACAAACGAGGCCCUUGGAUAAAUAUCUCUAAAUUAUCGAAUGUCUCCAUUGAGCAGACAAAGAGUUUUACACAAGAUGAAAGUGGUUUCGCUGCACUGGUCGACCGUGUAGUCGCCAGUACAACUCCAUGGUAACAGGUUUACCGUCUAGAGGAUUUUAACUGUACUGUACUGUACUGGUACAGUUGAACAGGGCAAUAAUAGUAGCGGUAUUUUUUUUCCAGCUGUCAGAAAACUGAAUGAAAAACGGCGAACAGUGGAAGGCAAACUAGAGCGACGGCAAAUAGUACAAGACUAUUCCAACUAUGACUCCCAGACCUAUGCUCCCAUGUCGCGCGUUGGCGUGUUUCUAGACCGCGGCUCUGAACAGUUUAAUGUCAAAAGUUACCACUUAAAUACCUAUCAGGGUCUGUUAGAACUGGAGGCCUCAUUACCAGAUUUUGUGACUCAGCCCAGAAUUCAAGCUCCAAAACCAAAAUCAAGUGGAAAAGGAGGAUUUGUGAAGAGAAAGCAGCGGCGACAGCGUGAGUUAGAAGAGGUGGCUAAUGCGAUUGAGUUGGCUAAGAGACCACCAGAGCCUGAGAAACCGCUCAAGUUCUUGGUGAAGGUAGAGAAGCCGAUUCCACGUCCGCCUACUCCUUCUGUAGAGAUUCCAUCCCAGGUAGGGAAACAGAUCGGCCAGAUCAGCAUUUAAAUUUCUUUCAUCUGAAGUUUUUAAUUCUGUCUCGGAUAGCUUGACUCGACACUCGCAGCACUCAGGUCUCAAUUGACGAUUAGCUUACAUUUAACCUGUGCUGGAACUCUUUCUCAACCGAAUCACAUAUUAGAAAUGUAGCGAGCCAACCACGUCGUAAGUUCUAAACGAUGCAAAUUAUUCUUCGCAAGAAAAAAAAAACUUACUCUUUUUGGCAAAUAAUACAAUACUGGCAUACAGUGGAGCCUCGAUUUAACGAAGUACCAAGGGACUGGGAAAUUUGUUCAUUAUAUCGAGGAUUCGUUAUAUCCAACAUCUCGAUUAAACAAAUUUUCGAAAAAACAACCAAAAUGUUCGUUAUAUCUAGGACUUCGUUAUAUAUUGGUUCGUUAAAUCGAAGUUUCACUGUUCGUUUCUUAAGAGUUAGGAAAGAGCAGGUAACAGUAAGAGCGAUAAAAACUGAUAAAUAUUUUCAGCGCAAAGAUGGUCUCUGUGCUUCCUUGUCUCAUGUUUGUCGGCAACCAUGCCACAUUACUUUGUAAGGUAAAAGUAGACAGACCGUAAUCUACAAGUGAAUCAUACGCGAGUGUAAUUCCUCGUUUCUCUUACACUCAUCAGUCUUAUUUGCAGAACAUUUUCUCCCGCGUUUUUUAAUCCAUAACAUGUACCUAGUAAUCCCUGACAAAUUGUUUGGUUUGUGUUUCAGUUUGAAGAGGAAGAGGAGCUUGCUUUAAUAUUCUUGCAGAAAGUUCUCCGUGGCCGGGCAAUUCAGAAUAUGGUGAGUAUUUUUUCGUGAACCUUCGCUCACGAGUCCGUAUUUUUGUUGAAUCCAUUAAUUACUGGAUGCGCGCUAUAAAAAUUUUAGUAUUAUUAUUAAUAUUAUUAUUAUUAAUUGGGCGGUAACUCCGAUCCAUAGACUCCAAGCUACCGUUAUUUCGUCUUUUUUCCCCCUGAGUUAAUAAUGAUUUUUUCUCAGUGAUGUGCAUUAUAUGUAAUUUCCCUCGAUAUGUGAACUUUUUUCCUGUGGAUUUUCGCAGACGAAGGGAUUUAGCUGCACGAUCCAAAUAAUGUCAUUUGUCUUGUAGACUUUGUUGUCUUCGUGGACGUUUGACUCGUGUAGCUAAUUCGUCAACGUUAACCUUUUCCUGCCUUUUUACGAUUUCCAAGCAACGAAAUCUUUCCCUGUGUCUUCCUUUUUAGAUGUUCGAAGGAAAAGAGAAGCGAUUAGAACUGAUUCAAGAGUUACGAAGUACGCAUGCUCUUCAACAAGCUGGGCAAAUGGAAAAGAGAAAUGAGCGACAGUCCGUGUUAAGUCUACAGCGACAAAGGAGACUGGACACUAAUAAGGUACCUUUUACCUACAACCAUUCUCAAAGAACACCUAAUCGAGUCGAGAUAUUAGUUAGCGGCGACACAACGAUCUCGCCCGUAAAUAUUUUGCCCCCGAGAAUGGUCCACAGUAGGCGCAAAGCGUUUCUUAUGACGAGGCUCGGGCACCCUGGUUGAAAUUUACCUUGCUUAUCCGUUGUGGUGUUUUGAGAUGCUUGAGUUAGGGGAUAUUAGUACGUUAGGGAUUUACUGUAAAUUGUGAAAGGAAGGAAGGAAACGAAAGUUCUUGUGUUUAGUAUGAUGUUACAUGUAACAUGCCUCCGAGCUCUUAUAUUGAGAUUAGAGAGAUUUAGAAUCACCUUUAUGCCCAACGGCAAACGUCGACAUGUAUGACAAGGUGAUCGCAAAAUCAAGUUUCCCUUUGCUCUUCAUUUUAUCUACUCAAAAAUGUUAGUUCAUGCUAGUUUCAUCCAUACGAAUUAUUUUAGACAGAAAAUGUUUUUAUCGGUUGCUUUCCUAAUUUGAGAAAUUUUCAACCUGAAUCUGAUUUUGCCGUUUGCCGUAUAUGUGUAUAAAGUGCCAGCUAUUGAGAAAUUGUUUGCCAAGUUCCCAAACAAGACUGCAAGUUUCAGUUUGCUUCCAUGACUUUCGAAGCAAGCUGUUUGUUUUGUGUUGUUUAUUUAUUUUUUUAUUUAUUUUUGUUCUUUUUUUUUUUUUUUUUGCAGGACUCGUUUGUUGAAGAAGCACUAUCUCAAAUGGAGGGCUCCACUCUAGCUGAUAUGUUUGACUUUUUGAGUAAGGAGCUCAUCCGACUUCAGGUAAGAAACACGAGUAAUAACAGAAAAUAAUCAACGCCAAUCUUUAACUAUAAGACCACUUUUCCAUAAUUUUCCUGAACGCAGCAUUGUUCUUUCAUGAUACAUUUCCCAGUAAUGUCCCAGCUUCCAAAAUUAUUUGCAACCACUGACCUUUUUUCGUGAACACAGCUUUUUUAUAUGGAGAAAACUUAUCCCGGAUAGUAGGGUGACUCGCCUACCCGAGCUACCCUAUGCGAGCCAACGUUUCCUAUGAUUAACAAAAAUUAAGCGUGACCCGCCUAGCCGGGUCACCCUCCUUUCCGGGCCUAUUUUUUUCCAUAUUAUUAGAGAGCUUUAGAUUCGAGGACAAGGACGACUGCUCGUACGAGAUUUUCUCAGUAUUAAGUAGUGCACGCGCGUGUGCCAGCGUCAAAAGUUUUAUCAUUUUGCUAUCGGGAGAGGGCUUAAUCUCCUUCAGUGUAAUUAACUGUACUAACUUUUUCGGUGAAAAAACGUAAAAUGAAGCUCUCCGGGGAGUCUUUUUGUUUGAGAACACGCGCAAAAACUUGAAGUUAAAUCUUGUACUCGUACUCGCUCUCGUCCUCAAAUCUGAAGCUCUCUAUUAACUCUUUGGUUCGCACGGUCAAGGCGAAAGACAAUUAGAGCAUGCGCUAGGGCUGUUGGCUUGUUCAAAGGGGCAGGGGUUUCGUUUCAGGCCGGACGCCGGACGCAACGUCCGGUUUUUGGACAAGUAACAUCCGGUAGUUCAUAUACGAAAUAAUUAUUUUUUUAAGUGUGAAAGUCGUUUUUUUUUCCCGUUUAUUAACCAAAGAAAGACUUGACCCUUAUUUUACUCACUUAGUUAUGUAAUGCACACAAUCGAAAAAAAAAAGAGAUGAUUCCUGUCAUAAUUCCGGUUACCCAGUUCCGGUCCAGGGAACGCAGGAAAUUGCAUUUUAGAGAGUUCAAUUUUCCGGGGGGUAUGCCCCCGGACCCCCUAGAAGUUCGUGCCUGCAGCACUCAACGUUCGCGCGGGUGUACGUCCGCCAGCUGAACCACUUCUCCCGGUACUUUCAAAUGCUACCGAAAACCCUGAAGGGGUCAACUUUUUUCUCUUGUAAACGAUUGUUAGAGGUGACUCGGCUGGGAGGGUGAUCGGCUCUUUUUCCGGGAUAACUUUUCUCCAUAUAAAUGGGGCCUGACUCGCAACAAUUUGUAAUUUCUUUUUCACUUUUCAAUAAUACACCAUUAAUUCAAACAUUUAUUUCAGAUAAUUUUCCCAGUAAUAAACCAUUCUGAAUCUCAAAGACACGUUAUGAUUGUUUUUAAUUCAUUUAAAAGUAGCUUUCAACCUCUAUUGUAAGCUAUCUUCCUAAACUUGGCAUUCUAAAUGCGAAAUUUCCUUGAUGCUUUGCAAUAAUUCAUUAUUAACUUGCUUUUUUGCGUGCGGAUAAUCACCCAGUCUCAAAAGCGCUCCAUUCUUUCACAGCUUUGCUGCUAACGUUUGUGGACGAAUCAAAAUCAUGUACCUUACCCACAUGUUAUCAAAUUCUUUGCAACAUUUACAUUACCUAAGUGCCUAUUAUGCCUGUGUAUUGUACUAUUAUAGACCUCACAGGGUUCUGUGGUCAAUGCUUUUAGAUGUAUAGUUUUUAUGGAUAAAUUUUACCCUUGUCUCAAAUGUUGUUUCCUUUGUUUUGGGUUAUAGUAAUGUAUGAUAAUGAGUUUGAAACAAAGAAAAGCAUAAUCUAAACCAAGGAUGAAAUUGAACCUCAAAACGUAGCCUCAGUUUUGUUCGCCAUAAGGGCAUUCUUCUUUAAUUGGAAAAGAAAAAUUAAGUGUUAUGGUUGACCACAUUUUAGGAAGAAAGACGCAUCCACGCGUUCGCCAUGUUGGCCGAGCGGAAGAGACGAAUCCGAGAAGCAGAAGAAAGUGGACGAAGGCAAUUAGAGGAAAGAAGAAGACGCGAAGAAGAUGAAGUCUUUAAACAGGUGAACUCUUGCGUUAGGGUAACUAAGGAAUAAACGGGAGCUAUACUUGUGAAACUAGGGCGUUCAAUUUUCCACUUCGUUUGAAGGCACGCUGUUUUGACCGGGACACUACUCUUGCGUGUUUAUGCCAGGAGGACUUCUCUAGAAAGACAAUAAUUUUAAGCUCCGUUUUUAUGUUUUGACAAAUCUCACCAGUUUUGAAUGCUCGUUAGCCACUCUUUUAUUUUGAACUGGAUUCAGAUUAAUAGCCUAAAAGUGAAUAUUCUUAACAAGGAAUGUUUCAAAGUUAUAGUUACUAUUUUGCUUUUCUUUUUUCAUUUCCGGGACGCUCAUUUAAUUCAUAGUCGGGAAUUUUUACAGAACCCCGUACAGACACAAUCGGAAUUAUAAAGAUUAUUAAAAUAAGAUGGAAAAAUUAAUGUCCAGCAAUUAUUUUGUUUUAAUCAGAUGCGAUAUCAGUUUCACUAAUGCUUUUUGCCACUGCUUUUGAGUCAUUCGGCCAUGGAAACCAGUUUUCACGUUUUUUUGAUUGUAUAAACAUUUUGGGUUCUAGCAAAUUCUUUUUGUGAUCAUUCCAAAAUUAUGGUUCAAAGUUUGCUGAACUAUAAAUUCAACAUGUUUUAACUUUAUUUAUAGUCCUUGUUUUCAACGAUUUUAUGUUAUCGUGGCGUUUUAAAUUUAAAAUGUCAUUAUAAAUUGCCGUACGCAGAACCCCUUUACCCUCGGUACCAGAGGUUUUUCUCGCGUGCGGCGGAAAUUUUCGAUGUUGGCCGAAGGCCGAAGCCAGGGUUCCAGAACUCACAAGUGUCGUAGUAAAACAGACUCCCUCUUACGUAACAGAAUCCUAAUAAUUGAAUUCGUGACGAGGUAUAAUAAAAAUGGAAUAUAAAUACGGAAAACGUUUUUCAUUGUGUUGACAAUUAUACGUAGACAUCUUUUGUAUAGUAAUUUGCUACCUAUAAAUUUAUCAUUUCCUUUGUACCAAGAACUGACGUUUUAACAGUCUUAAUUUCCUCAAAACAAUCUACACGAUUAAAUAUUCUUCGAAAGGUCGAAAGGAGGAGGAUAUGUAAAGUAGUAGUAUCUUUCUAUGGCUCAUUGAAGACUACGCGUAGUCUAACUUUUGUGAUUGAUUAUUUUGUCAGGUUGUUAAGGUUCACCAGUCCACAGUUGAUACUUACCUUGAAGAUAUCAUCAUGGGAGCCAUCGAGCAGACUGCAGAGCAACAGGUGGGAAAUACUUUCUUGGCAAGCAAGUGAAGCAGCACCAUCUAGUAUAGUAUAAGGAUACCUUCUUCAAACUUGACUCUGACAGUACUUCACAAUAGUUUUUAAUAAAUGCUAACGCUCAAAGACCACCUCCUUGACCAAAAACGGCAAUUGUUAAAUUUUUUAACCGUUGUUUUUCUUCAACAGGCCCGUAAGGAAAUCCAAGAGCAGGCAGAAAAGAUUAACCAGAUCGCUUACGAUAUGGAGAAAACGUGAGAAUUUUUUUUGAAAGUUUGAUUCACAACCAUUGUGCUACGAUAACAAGAACAUCUGAAUCAGUCUUUCCAAGCUGAAUUAGAGACCUUUAAUGAUGUAAAACGUCUAUAAAAGAUGACCUUAAAAACAGAAAAAAAGGAUAAGAAGACGGGAUGCAGAGUUUAGUUUGAAAGACAUCUUUGAGAAAAUACGAAAAGCGUUCAGAAAAAUACGAAAACUAACCUGCCUUUAAUGGCUUUGAUUUUCCCUUUGUAGGCGAACCAAACUGCAGUCCGAAGAAAUCGUCGCCGAGCUUGUUAGUUCAUUCCUCUUACCUGAAGUUCAAAAGAUUACUAUGCGAGAAAACGGUAAGAAUUGAUGCGUAGAUUGCGUAUAAGGGUGGAAAUCCGCCGUAUAUUUUAACGUGCGUACACGCAAAAAACCUGCGUGCGUAAAUAAAAUAGAGAUAUUGUGCGAAAGAUCAAAACGUUAAAGUUGAGGAGAGGUCAACUUUCAAGGUGGAUUUCCUCGCAUUUUAACUUGUGCACGCACGUAAAAUUUACGCUUGCAAAUAAAAUAGAGGCAAUGUAGACGUAAAAGUUGACAACUUGCGCGACCUUUCAUACAGUGCUUCAAUUUAUUUAGGCGCCGUGAAUUUACGUUCGUUCGUACGUGAAAAUUAUGCGACAGUGGAAAUCCUCCUUUGGUUUAAAGGAAAGCAAAGCAAAGCAAAGACAGUAGCCUAACGCAGCGACAGUAACAGACAAAAACACAGGGACACAUCCACCGAAGGCUCUCUUUUUUUUUUUUUUCUUCUCGCCCGUCUCCCCACCCUCCCAAUGUUGUUUAUCGCAGUUAACUCGCCAAAUCCUCUACCUCAGGGCGAGGAGACAGUUAAGAGGCCUAACAAUUUUGGCUGAGAUUGUAGCACUCCUUAUUGCUUGUUUAACUAUUUGACAACAUGAAACACUACUUGCAGUCUAGAGCUGUACUGAAGUCUCGUCAGCAAUGACGAGAACCAUUUUUUUUUCAAAUUUGUUGAUCAGAAAUACUUGUUUUUUCAAUGACAGUAAAACGAAGCCAAAGGAAACAUCUUGUAGCAGCUCACAGGAUCAUUCAUGGGAAAACAGAGACCGUCAUGGAACAACAACCCAAAGGACAACCCUCAAAGGAAGAGAAACAACCCGAAAAACAACCGGAUGUGCAACAGGAAACCGAAAGGCCGUCCUCGGCUCAACAAGUUUCAUCCCGACCACCUUCCGGAAAGCGAAUCUCGUCACGACCGUCGUCUGGGAUAAAGCAAUCCUCUUCGCGGCCUGAGUCGAGUAGGUCGCAGAAAUCCGAAAGUGGAAGCCCAAAACCAAGAUCUCGCAAAUCAAGCCCGAAGUCCGAGCAAUCAUCGAGGGCUGGUUCGGGUAAGUCCCGUUCUUCUCGUAAAGAUUCGGCGAAGUCUCGUCCAGAUUCGUCCUCAUCCCGUGCCUCGGCAGGACCCUCUAAUGAUGCCGAAAAUGAUUCGGACCCUUGUCCAUAAGCUAAGCAAUGUCACAAAUAUAUAAAUAUAGUUUUUAUUGUACAAUUUCAUCGACAAAUUACUCUUCUUCACCGUGUUCAGGAAUGUACAGCAUUGAAAUAUUGACCUUGAUGGACAGUUGGCUGUUUUGAUAGUUCUUUUUCACAUAGACACCUGAAAAACGUUUAAUCAUGCAACAACAAUUAGCAGUGUUCACACUUCAGGAUUUUACUGAAAUGAGAAAUGGAAUGUACAUGCGAUGUAAAUAAAGCCAUCGAGU